AUGGUAAUCGCUUUAGUAUUAUCCACUGAUAUGAGUAAACAUAUGUCAUUAUUGGCUGAUUUAAAAACAACUGUUGAGAAACAAAAAGCAUUUCAAGGCAAUGUAAUCAAUUUGGAUAGUUAUUCAGCUCGUAUGCAGAUAUUAGAAUGUAUAAUACAUGCAGCUGAUUUAAGUAAUCCAACAAAACCAUUAAAAAUAUAUCAAGAAUGGGUUUCAAGAAUUAUGGAAGAAAUGUUUCGUCAAGGUGAUCAAGAAAAACAAUUUGGAAUUGAAAUUAGUCCAAUGUGUGAUAGAGAAACUGCAUGCAUUUACAGUACACAAAUUGGUUUCAUUGAUUACAUAGUUUAUCCAUUAUGGGAGACAAUGGCUGAACUUCUACAUCCAGGUGUACAAGUUCUAAUGGAUAAUAUAGCAAACAAUAGAAAUUGGUAUGUGAAUGCAAAAGAGAAAGAAGAAAAAGAAGUAAAUAAAAGAAACAACAGUAUUGAUCAGUAAUAGUAAAGUAUUACUAUUAUAUUUUGUAAAAAAGAUCUUUCAUUAAUUUUUUUUUGCAAACAACAAAAAGCAAU